AUGUAUCACCGUUCACUGUCCGUUCAGUUGUACGUACACUUUCGACCAGUUAGCAUCAUUACACGCGACAUGGUCGCCCUCGCAAAUCCGCCGACCAGUUCAUGGGACGAAGACUUGAUGUAUAGUGUCCAGAUAAAUCGUUUGUUGCUGAAAUCAAUCGGACUCUGGCCAAUCUCUCUGUGCGUAACCACGACAGAAAAGAUCAGUUCGAUCAUGCUCACGUUGAUCAGUUCCUUCCUGAUAAGUUUCCUCUUAGUGCCUUGCGCUCUGUGCACCAUUCUCGACAAAACAGGCGACCUCGACACCAAAAUCAAAAUGAUCGGCCCGCUCAGUUUCUGCGUGAUGGCGGCGAUCAAGUAUUACAUUCUAGUCUCUCGCGGUGCCAAGAUUGGCAAAUGCGUCGAGGACAUUGGCGCUGACUGGUAUCGCGCUCACUCACAGCAGCUUGGAGAGGACAGAAGGAUCAUGAGAGAGAACGCAAGGAUAGGGAGAUCCUUGGCAACCUUCUGCGCUGGUUUCAUGUAUUCCGGUGGCUUUUUCUACACCACCGUGAUGCCGCUGUGCAGCAAACACACGGAGAUUAUCGACAACGAGACGGUGAGGUCACAGGCGUUCCCCAUUUACCGCGGCCUCCUCGAUCCACGAACCAGCCCUUCGUUCGAGAUCGUGCAAUUGAUGCAAUGCUUGUCCGGAUUUGUGAUCUACUCGGUGACCGUCGGUGCAUGUAGCCUGACGGCUGUGUUCGUCAUGCACGUCUGCGGACAAUUCGGGAUACUCGUGACAAGAAUUCAGAGGCUGGUCGAUGGCCUAGAAAGAGACAAGGAUCUGGACUCUGGCAAAGAACGAUUAGGUGACAUUGUGGAGCAUCACCUAUAUAUACUAGGUUUUAUAUCCCAGAUCGAGGAGCUUCUUAACGAGAUAUGUUUCGUUGAAGUCGUCGGCUGUACGAUGAAUAUUUGUUUCCUCGGAUAUUACUUGCUCACGGUAAAGAAACUCGCGCUAAGAGACGUUCUAAUACGCCAGAAUUCCAUCUGUCACAUGUCGUUGUCAGAAUGGGAGCAAAGUGAGACCAUAGGGACUCUAACCUAUUGCACGUUGCUCAUAUCUUUCACGUUCAACAUCUUCAUCCUGUGUUACAUCGGUGAAAUUUUAUCCGAACAGUGUAAGAGUAUCAGUCUGUCGGCCUACAUGAUCGAUUGGUACCGUUUGCCCAGAUGCAAAGCGCUCGGUUUGAUACUGAUUUUCGCUGUUUCAAAUAACUCUACGAAAUUAACAGCUGGAAAGCUCAUCGAGUUGUCGCUAGGCAGCUUCUGCAGCGUAAGUGGCAUGAUCUUGCACAUGUUACCUCGUGCAGUAUACAGGAAACUGGUAAUCGGCGACGAAAUUCGAACGAACAAAAUUAUGCUUCUAUUGCAAUUUUCGGCCUCUAUUAUUAUUAACUCUAGUACCACUAGCAUUUUCAGCCUCGCAGCUGUUUUACCUGCUCACACACUUCGUCAGCUGAACGUAGUUAUGAUAUGUAUCACUGAAUUCAUAGAAGGAGAGGAAGACAGAUGA